GUCCAACCAGAAAGAUGCCCCCCAGCGCUAGUGCAGUGGACUUCUUCCAGCUUUUUGUUCCAGACAACGUGCUCAAGAACAUGGUAGUACAGACCAACAUGUAUGCCAGGAAGUUCCAGGACCGCUUUGGCAGUGAUGGUGCCUGGGUGGAGGUGACAUUGGCUGAGAUGAAGGCCUUCCUGGGAUAUGUGAUCUCUACCAGUGUCUCACACUGUGAGUCAGUGCUCAGCAUUUGGAGUGGAGGCUUCUAUAGCAACCGGAGCCUAGCCCUCGUCAUGAGCCAGGCCCGCUUUGAGAAGAUCCUCAAGUACUUCCAUGUCGUGGCCUUCCGGUCCAGUCAGACCACGCAUGGGCUCUACAAGGUCCAGCCCUUCCUUGACUCCUUGCAGAGUGGCUUUGAUGCUGCCUUCAGGCCAUCUCAGACCCAGGUGCUACAUGAACCCCUGAUUGAUGAGGACCCUGUGUUCAUCGCCACAUGCACUGAGCGUGAGCUGCGGAAGAGGAAAAAGCGGAAAUUCAGCCUGUGGGUCCGCCAGUGCUCUUCUACUGGCUUCAUCAUCCAGAUCUAUGUCCACCUGAAGGAAGGCGGUGGCCCAGAUGGCCUGGACGCUUUGAAGAACAAGCCACAGCUCCACAGCAUGGUUGCCCGGAGCCUGUGCCGGAACGCAGCUGGAAAGAAUUAUAUCAUCUUCACAGGGCCCAGCAUCACCAGCCUCACACUGUUUGAAGAAUUUGAGAAGCAAGGGAUCUACUGCUGUGGCUUACUGAGCUCUAGGAAAAGUGACUGCACGGGCCUCCCUCAAUCCAUGUUGACCAACCCUGCCACCCCACUUGCCCGGGGCCAGCACCAGAUCAGGACAAAGGGAAACAUGUCUCUGAUCUGCUGGUACAACAAGGGGCACUUCCGCUUCCUGACCAACGCCUACUCCCCUGUGCAGCAAGGUGUCAUCAUCAAGAGGAGGAGUGGGGAAAUCCCCUGUCCGCUGGCUGUGGAGGCCUUUGCUGCUCAUCUCAGCUAUAUCUGUAGAUACGAUGACAAGUAUAGCAAGUAUUUCAUCUCUCACAAGCCAAACAAGACGUGGCAGCAGGUGUUCUGGUUUGCCAUCAGCAUUGCUGUCAACAACGCCUACAUCCUGUACAAAAUGUCAGAUGCCUACCACGUGAAGAGGUACAGCCGGGCACAGUUUGGAGAGAGGCUUGUCAGGGAGCUGCUGGGCCUGGAGGAUGCAUCACCAGCCCACUGAGACUGUGCUGGCCCAGGGGU